AUGGAGAAGGGCUUGACUAUGUCCAACUUUGAGCCCAAUGCGGUAAUCCGCGGCUUUCAGCUCACCGUCGUAGGAACUGUUCGGGCUCUGCAAAACCCUGAUCUCUUCAAGUAUGAGCAUUUCCGUCAAGCAGCUCUUGCUGUGGGUGUGGGAGCAGUCAUUCAGCUUAUUGUCCAGAUCCCGAUAAUCGCCCUCAAGCUCGGACUUUAUAUCCUCUCGUGGAUCAUCAACCUGGACCAUGCAACCUGGGAUGACAAACUCCUGGGUGGCAUGGAGUUCAUGUCCAAGUCUGUGCUCCAGGUGCCAUUCCUGCUGAUGACUUUGAUGGGAUAUGUGACUCCUACGCUGGAUGAGAUUUUCAUGCAAUCCAUCGAGUGGGUUGACACGACAUACAUCCAGAAGCACAAGUCUGAGAACCCGGAGACUCUGCGUGCCAUGUACUACCCUAGCUUGGUCAUGUUCCCAACCAAAGGCGGCCCUGGCUCGUCACGAACCAAGUCAGAGGCUAUCAUGAUGUUUCUUAACCGAUAUGCUAAGAGGAUGGGAAUGCUUCUUGGACUCUACCUGCUUUCUCUGACCCCGAUCAUUGGCCGGUUCGUGAUGCCCGCAGCAAGUUUCUACACCUUCCGCAGUCACGUCGGCACAGCUCCUGCUGCUGUCAUCUUCGGUGCGGGUCUUGUCCUGCCUAAGGCAUAUAUCGUGAAAUUCCUCCACACUUACUUCGCGUCGAGAAGUCUGAUGCGAGAACUGCUUGAGCCGUACUUCCGCCGCAUCAAAUUCACGCCUGAACAAAAGCGCCGUUGGUUCCGUGAUAGGGAAGGUGUUCUUUUCGGAUUUGCCUUUGCUUUCACAGUUGUACUGAAGACUCCAUUCAUCGGUGUACUCAUGUAUGGAGUUGCCGAGGCGUCCACGGCCUACCUGAUCACCAAGAUCACCGACCCGCCACCUACUCCUGCGGAGAGUGAAGGUUUCGCGGAGAGUCAAGUGACAUGGAAGAAUAAGCACGACUUCCUGCGUUUGUCUCUUGAUAAUAUCGACAAGCUCAAUGUCGUCACUGAUGAAGAUGGGGCUAAAGAUAGCCCUUCGACACCCGGGAAGAAGUUUUCUUGA